AUGGCGUCAAGAAAAAACCUUUCAGAAAAUGAAAUUCAAAACCUCCUUCUGGACGUUCGUGAUGAAGAUGAAGUGUUUCUUGGGGAUGAAUUAGAAGAUGAACUGGAUGAAAUUAUUCCCGAUUUUCGCGAUGAACAGGUUCCUGUCGAAGAGGAUGGCUCUAACCAUGAAACAGAUCUUGAAAGUUCGGAAGAAGAAAUUGUAGAGGAUAUUGUCCAGGUUAGAAUCACAAAUUCUCCAGUAACAGUUCUUACAGUACCCGAAGUUUUGCGAGGUAAAGGAAUAAAAAAGCAAAGAACUAGCGAAAAAUUUCUAUGGUAUGGGACUCAUCGCCGUUCCUCGCGUAAUCCACAAAGAAAUAUAAUAUUUCAUGCACCAGGAAAUAAAGCUCCUGCUAAAUUUACUACCAGUGCCUUAGAUAGUUGGAAAUUAUUUUUUACGGAUGAGAUUUUGCAUAUGAUAGUAACUAAUACUAAUCUUGAGAUAUCUGAACAGCGCAAGAAGUAUAAGUCAGACAGGCUAAUAACAUCUCAAAAUGAUGAUGAUGAUGAUAAUUCUGUUUCUACGAGUAUUCGACCUUCUUUUGUCCGAGAUGUAACCGUAACCGAAUUAAAAGCUCUCUUUGGCUUAUACUAUUUAGCUGGAGUUUUAAAAAUUAAUCACUUGUCUGUCAAAAAAAUAUUUGAUAAAAAUACGGGCAUCAACUAUUUUCGGUCUACUAUGAGUGAGAAAAGAUUCGAAUUUUUGACAAAUUGUCUUCGAUUUGAUGAUCGUUCGACCAGAGCUGAAAGAAGACAACAUAGUAAAUUGGCACCAAUAAAAGAACUGUUCGAUCACAUUGUUGAAACUUCAAAAAGUCUUUAUUCACCUUCAGAUUGCACAACGAUUGACGUGCAAUUACUUGGGUUUUGCGGUAGAUGCCCAUUCCGUAUGUAUAUUCCAUCAAAACCCAAUAAAUAUGGAAUAAAACUGUUAAUGUUUUGUGAUGCAAAAUCUUAUUAUAUGAUAAAUAGUAUAAUAUACACUGGAAAAGAUUCUACACCACGUGAAUUACCAGUGGCUGAGUAUUACGCAUUGGAGCUUUCAACUUCUAUUCAUGGGUCUAAUAGAAAUAUCACGUACGAUAACUGGUUUACUUCAAUCCCUGCUGCCGAAAAACUCUUAACCAAAAAUGUUACAACAGUUGGAACAAUGAAAAAAAAAACAAAACAGAAAUCCCUACACAUUUUUUGGAAACCAAAAACCGCCUCAAGAACACAUCAAUGUUUGCUUUACAUGACGAACUUACUUUGUUAUCAUAUGUGCCUCCAAAGCUAA